GUUUGAUAUCUGCAUUUCGAUUUCCCGGAUUCAAACUCGGAGCCCAAAAUCCCAAGCGGAGCUCGGAAUUGUCAGCCUGAAUAUGCCCGGCGAAGACAUGGACCACCGCAAAGAGAGAAUGAAGAGCGACUGCAAGAAGAUCAUGGACAGCAUAAACGCAAUGUGCUUCGAAAACCUAAACGACGAGCAGGUGCACUCGCUCGUGAUGAUGAGGGAAAUCGCGCGCGGAGUUGUGGAGAAUCGACUCGGGAAGGUCUCCAACAGCGACGUCAAGAAGGCUCUGUCUUCCAGCAUUGAGAAGAUGGUGGAGUCGUGUAGGGAUGUGGUGAACAUAUUGGGCAGGAUUUCGUGUGAGGGAUUAGGCGAGGAGGAGUUUCAGAAGCUCGUGAGGAUGAAGGAGAUUGCAAUGGGGAUUGUGUUGAAACGAUCCACGGCCGUGGCCGCCUUGGGUGGUGAACAACAGGCUGAUGGAGGCGAUGAAUUUGGAAGUGAGAAGGAUAUGUACAGUGGGGGAGUGGAACUUGAGUCGAGGAGUGAAGAUGAUCAGAAUGAGGUGCGGCAGGGCGUUGUGGAUGGGGAGACACACACGUGGAAUGGGUAUGUACCGAUUAUUGAAGGGGCGGGAGAAGAGAGGAAGAUGGUGGAGGAUUAUCAUGAAGUGGUUUCGAGAGAUGAAGAUGCUUGGAAUGUGGGGCGGGGAAGUGUGGUUGAGGGGAUGAGGGAUGCUGGCCAUCAGGAGCAGAGUAGGAGGGUAGAAGGGUUGAUGUUUGAAGAUGACUGCCUUGUGGUGGUAUCGGAGUUUGAAACUCAAGAUGUCAAAAGUGAGGUGCAAAAAUCUUGGUCACGGGAAACCCCUCAGAUCCCUAUUCCAUGGCCUUCAGAUGACGUGAUAAACUUAGAGUGGGUGCAGCACAUGAUGUUUAAUAUUGAGCAGUCUUCGUAUGGUGGUGAGUCACCAAUGAGAUUUUGUGAUUUAAUUCCAGUUUCUUUGGUGGAUAAAUUAAUCGACACAGCUACAAGUAUCCUUUGCAAGGAGCCAAAUUGUGUGCAAGUUGAUUGCCAAGGAGAGGAUUCAAGAGUUGUUGUAGUUGGCGACAUUUAUGGACAGUUCCAUGAUUUACUGCAUCUCUUUGAACAUGCCGGGUUGCCCUCUGACAACCAGUUGUAUGUUUUUAAUGGAAAUUAUGUUGACAGAGGAGCACGGGGCUUGGAUGUCUUUCUCGUCUUGCUGGCUUGGAAGGUCUUGAUGCCCAGUAGAGUAUAUCUACUCCGUGGAAACCAUGAAUCUAGAUAUUGUACAUUACUGUAUGGUUUUGAGGAGGAGGUCAAGACUAAAUUCGGUGAUCAUGGUGAAUAUGUCUAUAAUAAAUGCCUCGACUGCUUUAAAGAGCUUCCUCUGGCUUCAGUCAUAGCCAAUUCUGUAUAUACCACACAUGGAGGUCUUUUCCGGAGUAGUACCUCUUCAAGAAAGUCAAAAAGAAAGAGGGAGGAAAGCCUUGAACUGGGUUCUCUAGAAGAUUUAUCUAAAGUUAAAAGAUCUCUUAUAGAUGCGCCUGAUGUAGGUCCGAAUGUAUUACUCACUGACUUACUAUGGUCAGAUCCAUCAAAGGAAGAUGGUCUAGUUGAAAAGACAUUUCGAGAACGAGGUCUUUGGUGGGGUCCUGACUGCACUGAGGCUUUUCUAAAACAAUCCAACUUGAAGUUGAUCAUACGAUCACAUGAAGGUCCAGAUGUAAGGGAAGAUCAAGAUGACUUUGGUGACAUGCUAAGUGGUUAUAGUGUGGAUCAUGUAGGAGAUUCAGGGAAGCUAUACACUUUGUUUAGUGCUCCAGAUUACCCACAGUGUGGUGAAAAGAGAUAUAACAACAAAGGAGUCUAUGCUGUAUUGAAACCUCCUAAUUUUGAAAGUCCUUCAUUCCACUCAUUCAAGGAUGUAGGAAGGCCACAGGCUGAUGCUGAUGGCGAUAGCGAUCUGGUCAUUGUUGAUAAACCAGGCUCAGUAACAGCGCCUGCAACUGGUGCCGCUUCUUUGUCUCUAGCUUCUGUUAGUUCUGAGGUUGACUUCAAGACGUUAGGCAUUUCUAACCCCCCUUCUUCAAGUGUUAUGAUGGGGGAUGGUGCAGGCGGCACUGAACUUGUCCAAGUUCCGAAGGCUCCUGUGGUAGAAGGAUUGCCUCUGCCUUCGGAGUUGCAGGAGCCUCACAAGGCUGCGUACAAGUACUUCUUGGAGCUUAUUGCUGGCCUGAAGCAUAUGGUUUCAACAAGGGAGGUUCAGACCCGGCCCAUGAAUGAGCCAUGCAAAAGUGAGCUCGACAUCUAGAGGGGAUGUAACGGGUUGAGGUCAACUUGAAGCCAGGAAGUAGACAUGACAUGCGAUGAAUGACUAAAGAGAACAGUCACUAUGAACAAGAGCUUGUAUAUAUCAUAUCCAAUAUUAUUUCAGAAAGAGAAGUGCACAGUAAGGAGAUAUGAUUAACAUAUUGGCUGCUGACACUUGGGAAUUGUAUUUAGAUUUCCUAGCUUUAAAAAAGAGGUCCUUAAGCAGGUUCUGGCUACCAGUUACAGUUACUAAAAGUGCAAUUAUGGAUGAGAGAUCAAGCAAGCCAUGCUGGUUCAAAGGUUCACCAUCUUCUAGUGGGUGAAUCAAGAAGCUACUAGACGUUGUGAGGCAGGUCGAGGGAUUGAAGUUUGCCUUUACUGGUGCACUGGUGUCAUAUGGUAUUGGUAUCCAAGCAGUUGCACCCACCAUUGUUCGUGAAGAUCUCAUCGAAUUGGAAAUCUUCCACGCCUAUUGAAGUCUCCUGCAACAACAAAACGGAACUCGUUUUAAACUCUUCAAAUCUAAGUUAACUUGGUUCCUCUUGGAGGAUGUAAGAUGUUGAAUACAGGUUGACUACCUUUCUUGGCAUGGUCAAAUGUGCUUAUCCAAACAAUUGCUUACCAGAUUGAUGCGAACAAUUGUGAUUGUUUAAAGUUAAAUUCAGUCUCAAAAUGUCAUCACGCAGUUUCUUGAA